AUGACUGGUUCACCCGCCAGAUUUGGGAGGCGAAUCCCUCUUCUGGCUGCAAUAGACUCAGGAUCUCAUAUCCAUUUGAUCAUUGGAUCUAAUCCAUUGGCAGCUGCACGCAUUACCAAGUCUAUCGACUCAGGAGCAACUCCGAUUUUAAUUUCGUCUCCUGAGAACAAGCUUCCAUCGACUCUUUCCGAGAGAAUUGAGGCCGGACAGGUCCAAUGGAUUCAGAGAGAAUUCCAGGACAGCGAUCUCCUCACAUUGGGCCGGGAGGAAGUAGAGUGUGUUGUUGAUGCCGUAUUCAUAACCUUGGACAAGGCGUACCCCUUAAGAAAAGGAGGCUCUUUGGCUUCUCGGAUAAGGCGAGAAAUUGCCUCAUUCCUUCCGCCUGGGCUUGGGACAGCAGUUGAAAAUCUGGGCAUAUUAAGGAAACGAAUUUGGGAAGAGGAUGCGAUCGAGGAAGAGGCAGACAAGGAUAGCUUUGAGGAUGAUUCUGACGACUCGACUGCUCAGAAGCACACAUUCAACACAUUAGUAGUGGAUGCAGCUGCUACAUCGAAGACAAGGAGAAUACGCUGGCUCUCACAAAUCUGCGAAUACUGGCCCCUUCGCCAGCUUGCCAGCGUAACGCUUCCUGGUGUAGAGAAGAUGUUGGAAGCUUAUGGAGCGGGGAAGAACCCUCUCACCAACGGAAAUAGUACUGGUCUGGAGGCUAAAAGGGGAAAAAUCAUCCUAGCAGGCUCUGGACCAGGUCACCCCGACUUGCUGACACGGGCAACAUAUCACGCAAUUAAAACAGCAGACCUUAUACUCUCCGACAAACUAGUGCCGGCUGCAGUUCUCGACCUCAUUCCACGACGAACGGAAGUGCACAUUGCACGAAAAUUCCCGGGUAAUGCAGACAAAGCACAGCAAGAAUUGCUAGAACUGGCAUCCGAGGGCUUAUCAGCCGGUAGAAUUGUCCUUCGGCUGAAACAGGGAGAUCCAUACCUCUAUGGACGGGGGGCCGAGGAAUUCUCCUAUUUCCGAGCAAAGGGAUACGAGCCUAUUGUUCUUCCUGGCAUCACAAGUGCUCUGAGUGCACCUUUGUUUGCGGAUAUACCACCAACCCAUAGAGGAGUGGCUGACCAAGUCCUGAUAUGCACUGGGACUGGUCGCCAUGGCGUGGCACCCUCCCCACCGAAUUAUAUACCUACCCAAACAGUUGUUUUCCUCAUGGCAUUGCAUCGGUUGGCGUCACUAAUAGAAUCUAUGACAACUUACACCGGCGAUGGUACAGGCGAUGUAACUCCAUCUAGAAGUCUCUGGCCAAAAGACACGCCGUGCGCAGUAAUAGAAAGGGCAUCCUGCGCUGACCAACGGGUAAUAAGGUCAACAUUGGAGCAUGUGUGUUUGGCUGUCCAGGAAGAGGGUUCACGGCCGCCAGGCCUGCUUGUAGUAGGAACAAGUUGUGAAGUUCUUCAUCAGCCAGGCCGGAAAUGGAUCGUUGAGGAUGGAUUCAAGACGCUGGACGGUCUGAACAAUGAUUUGAAUAUUAACGCCAUUGCUGCAUUGGGGGGAAUUUACGGCGAAUAG